GAAUAAUUACCAACAUAUAACUUCCGUCUCAAUAAAUUCUUUAUCUCAACCUACUUUAACUAAUUUAUUAAGUCAAGAACUUGAAACUUUUGAUAGACCAAGUGACGAAAAUGAGACAAGUUAUAACUUUGAUGACGAAAAUAGGAUAAAUCAUGACUUUGACGACGAAAAUGAGAUAAAUUAUGACUCUAAUAAUGAAAAUGGGAUAAAUUAUGACCUUGAUGACGAAAAUGGGAUAAAUUAUGAUUUUGAUAACAGUACAAAUAUAGCAGAGUCGUCUUCAUAUACAGAAAACUCUGUAUCAUUUCAAGGGCAUUGUUUGCCAGACGAUUUUGACCAAAGCGAUCAGGAUAGUACUUCUUGUCAAAGCGAUGUUGAUCAAAGUGAGCAAUAUAGUAAUCCUAAUCAAAGUGACAAAAAUGAUAAUUCUGAUCAAGACGAAUAUGAAGAAAUCGAUAUCAAUGAGGAGACUGAUGAUGAAGAUUAUGAAAAAAUUACACCAUUUUCAUCAUCAUUAAACCCUAAAACGAUUUACCCUUAUCAAUCUAUUACCGCAAGAAUUGCGUCAAUAUUAGCAGAUAAAUCGAAUGAAAGACUAAUGGAUUCUCCAUUUAAGCGACAAAUUGAGAAGGGCGUAUUAGGUGACAUCUAUGACGGAAAAGUUUGGCAAGAAUUUUUAGACGAACAAGGACAGCCAUUUUUCGUAGGGGAUAAAGCUGAGUUAAAAGAAGCUGCGCACCAAUAUAUAUGA